CGCUUAAUAGCUUCUUUUGCAAUCUCUCCAUUUGCUUAAUCUAAUCUCAUUUUCGUUUCAUCGCCGUCGUCUCUCUAUCAAAAUGGGUCGCCGUAGCUCAGGAGGAAGAUCUGCUCCUCGCCCUCGUCCUGCUGCUGCACGCAGCCCAGCUCCUCAACCUGUACACCGUGCACCUCCUCCAGCUCCAGCUCAGGCCAGCGGUGGUGGUGGUGGCAUGUUCUCAGGCAUUGGUUCUACCAUUGCUCAGGGUAUGGCUUUUGGUACUGGAAGUGCAGUUGCACACAGGGCUGUUGAUUCUGUGAUGGGUCCACGAACCAUUCAACAUGAAGCUGUUGAGGCUGCUUCUGCAUCUGCAGCUCCUGCUGGAAACGCCAUGCUUUCUAGCACCUGUGACAUUCAUGCUAAGGCUUUCCAAGAUUGCAUCGGCAGCUAUGGAAGCGAGAUUAGCAGAUGUCAGUUCUACAUGGACAUGUUGUCCGAGUGCAGGAAGAACUCUGGUUCCGUGAUUGGUGCCUAGAGUUCCAUUUCUUAUUUGUUUUAUCUAAAAAAUUAUCCAGCUUUGAUGAUGCUGAGAAUUUGGAUUUGAUGAAUAACAGUAUUUUGUUGCCAGAACCAGAAACUGCAUGUUUGAAGUCUUAUUAUGGGUACUCGUUUGUAAGACUUGGGUUCUAUCCCUUUCUAAUCAAAUAAUGCAAGUUUU